GGGGAUAGUUGCGAUUUUCGUCCUAUUCUUCCAUUCUCAUUCGGUCUUUUGAAAAAUACGCACGUAUUCUGAACACGCGGAAUAACCAGAAAAUAUUUUAAAGCCAAAUCGAAGUGGAAGUGCUAAAAGCAAGUGGAAAAGUGAAAAACUCCAAAGUUCUUGGUUUUGUGUGAGCGCGCAAAAUACGGAAUGCAGUGAAUCGGUUUAUCAGAAAAGUUGAAACCAUAUAUAAACUGAACAAACUGUGCUAAUUUAACCAGGAAUAACUGUUAACUUAAACGGUGUGAACACGCUACUUUAACGCAGUACAGAUCCAAUUCAAAUCGAGUGAAACCAAAUUAGAUCCCGAGAGAUUUUCAGCAAGUGCAACGGUAACAACGUAUAAUGGCACCAACAAUCACUGACAAUUGCGAAUUUGAAUGUGCAACUGUUGAAGCAACAACAACAUCAGCGAUUACCAUCGGUGAUUCCGAUAAUUUCGAUAGUUCGGCCAUCGGCGGCAGCAGCGAUAACUUCGAAGGAUCGAAUGAACUGCAUUUGAACGGGCAGCAGGAUCAGGAUGCUCAGGAGGAGCAGCAGCAGCAAAUGCCGUGGGAGGCACCUGGAAAACAGGGACUCUACGAUCCCCAGAACGAGCACGAGGCCUGUGGAGUCGGUUUCAUCGUGGCCAUCGAUGGCAAACGCUCUCACAAGAUUCUACGUGAUGCCCAGACCCUCUCAGAACGGAUGAAUCACCGCGGCGCCUGCGCCUGUGACAAUGACACUGGCGAUGGCGCUGGCGUCUUGGCUUCCAUUCCUCACGGACUCUACUUCAAGGCUCUUGCCAAGCAAGGUGUAACCUUGCCGGAGUUGGGGGACUAUGCCACGGGCAUUUUCUACCUGGAUGAGGCCCAGCAUGCAGCUGCCGAGAAGGAGUUUGAUGAUCUGGCCAAGAGUCUUGGACUGGAGGUGAUUGCCUGGCGCACUGUGCCGUCCAAUCAGUCGGCCAUUGGCGUGGUGGCCCGCAAGUCGGAGCCCUUGUCCCGUCAGGUGUUUGUCCGCCGUCCAGCCGGAAGCGACGAAAAGGCCUUCGAGCGGCAGGUUUUCGUCCUUAGGAAGAGGGCCAGCCAUGAGCUGAUCAAGCCGGGACGACGAUUCUACAUCUGCUCCCUGUCCGACCGCACAGUGGUCUACAAGGGUCUCUUUACUUCCGACCAGUUGUGGGACUACUACACGGACCUGAAGGAUCCAGAGUUCGAAACCUACUUGGCAUUGGUGCACACUCGCUUCUCCACCAACACCUUCCCCAGUUGGGAAAGGGCUCAUCCUCUGCGAGUUCUGGCCCACAACGGUGAGAUCAACACUCUCCGAGGCAAUGUUAACCUCAUGAAGGCCCGCGAGGGUGUCAUGCAGUCGGAUCUUUUUGGGGAUCAGCUGAAGAAACUGUACCCAGUGGUGGAGCCGAAUCUCUCGGACUCCGGCAGCUUCGAUUGCGUGCUGGAGUUCCUCACCAUGGCCAGCGAUAGGUCGCUGCCGGAAUCGGUGAUGACCAUGGUGCCGGAGGCAUGGCAGAAUGACAAGACUAUGCCGCAGGAGAAGCGUGACUUCUAUCAGUGGGCCGCCUGUGUCAUGGAACCCUGGGACGGUCCGGCUCUUAUUAGUUUCACCGACGGUCGCUACAUUGGCGCCGUUUUGGAUCGUAACGGACUGCGUCCAUCGCGCUUCUACGUGACCAAGGAGAACGUGCUGGUCAUGGCUUCUGAGGUGGGUGUGUACGAUGUGGAUCCAUCGCAGGUGACCCUGAAGAGCCGCUUGAAGCCUGGCAGGAUGUUGCUGGUGGACACCAAAGAGAAGAAGCUCAUCCAGGACAUCGAGCUGAAGGCCAAGAUUGCCAAGUCUCGUCCUCAUUCCGAGUGGCUGCAGCAGAAGAUUACCCUGGAUGAGAUUCGCAACGCCAACGUCUUGAAUACUCCUCCUGUUGAUGAGCUGGCCAAGUUGCCCGCCUCCCAGAGGGGCAUCUUCGAUCCGAGGCUCUCUCUUUUCGGUUAUACCACGGAAACGGUCAAUAUGCUGCUCAUUCCCAUGUUCAAGAACAAGAAGGAAGCCCUUGGCUCCAUGGGUAAUGAUGCCCCGCUGGCAUGCCUGUCCAACUUCCAGCCCAUACCCUAUGAGUACUUCAAGCAGCUCUUCGCCCAAGUUACCAAUCCGCCCAUCGAUCCAUUCCGCGAGAAGGUGGUCAUGUCGAUGCAGUGUCCUCUCGGUCCGGAGGCGAAUCUGCUGCAGCCGUCGGCUCAGCAGGUGCAUCGUAUUUGGCUCACCAAUCCCAUACUGAGCAUUCCAGAUACCCAGCUGCUCAAGCGGAAUACGCACCGCGGCUGGCGGACCAAGGUCCUGGACAUCACAUUCCAGUGUAGCGAAGGCGUUCAGGGGUAUAUCGACGCCAUCGACCGUGUCUGCCGCGAGGGAUACGCAGCAGCUCAAGCUGGUUACCAGUUGUUGGUGAUCUCCGAUCGUGGAGCGGGAAUCGAUGGUAAGGUGGCAGUUUCAGCCCUUUUGGCCCUCGGAGCCUUGCAUCAUCAUCUGAUUGAGACCCUGCAGCGCAUGAAGGUGGGCAUUGUGGUGGAAACUGCUGAGGCCCGGGAAGUUCAUCAUAUUUGUGUACUCCUUGGCUACGGAGCGGAUGCCAUUUGUCCAUAUCUGGCAUUCGAAUUGGCACAGGCUCUGCGGGAUGACGGAGUAAUUGGGCCGGAGGUCAGCGACAAGCAGAUCUAUGCCGCUUAUGCCCAAGCUAUUGAUACGGGAAUUGCAAAAGUAAUGGCCAAAAUGGGCAUCAGCACUUUGCAAUCCUACAAGAGCGCCCAGAUCUUUGAGGCUGUGGGAUUGGGCACCGACCUGGUGGCCAAGUGCUUCCGUGGCACCCAAAGUCGCAUCGGUGGAGUCACCCUGGAGAUUCUGGCUAAGGAGGGCCUUCAACGCUAUCAACUAACCUAUGGCAAGGCAACGCCGGACACACGCAUCCUGCGAAAUCCUGGCCAGUACCACUGGCGUCACGGUGGAGAGGCUCACAUUAAUGAGCCAUCCUCCAUUGGCAGCCUACAGGAAGCGGCCGUGAAUAAGAAUCUGAAUGCAUUUGAAGCCUUUAAGAAAUCCACUCUGGAUAGUGUGAAGAAGUGUGCUCUUCGAGGACAGCUGGAGUUUGUUACAGAUCGGCAAAGUAUAGAUAUCUCCGAGGUGGAGCCUGCCAGCGAGAUUGUCAAGCGCUUUGCCACGGGGGCCAUGAGCUUUGGUAGCAUCUCCCUGGAGGCUCAUCAAACACUUUCGAUCACCAUGAAUCGCAUUGGUGGCAAGAGCAACACUGGUGAAGGUGGCGAGGACUCAGAUCGUUACUUAAACCAAGAUCCAAACAACAGCCGUCGAUCAGCCAUCAAGCAGGUGGCUUCGGGUCGUUUUGGCGUAACCGCAUCCUACCUGGCUAAUGCUGAUGAUCUGCAGAUCAAAAUGGCUCAGGGAGCCAAGCCGGGUGAGGGUGGCGAGCUACCGGGCUACAAGGUGACCAAGGAUAUUGCCAAGACCCGAAAGUCCGUACCCGGAGUGGGCUUGAUCUCGCCUCCUCCGCAUCACGAUAUCUACUCCAUCGAAGAUCUGGCUGAGCUGAUCUAUGAUCUUAAAUGCUCCAAUCCGAAUGCACGCAUUAGUGUGAAGUUGGUGUCCGAAGUGGGCGUUGGUGUCGUCGCUUCCGGGGUUGCCAAGGGCAAAGCCGAGCACAUUGUAAUUUCUGGACAUGAUGGUGGUACCGGAGCUAGCUCCUGGACAGGCAUUAAAAAUGCUGGAUUACCCUGGGAACUGGGUGUGGCCGAGACGCAUCAGGUGCUGGUGCUAAAUAAUCUACGAUCACGUGUGAUUGUCCAGGCUGAUGGACAGCUCCGCACAGGAUUCGAUGUGGUGGUGGCUGCCUUGCUGGGUGCUGAUGAGUUUGGUUUCAGUACCGCUCCAUUGAUCGUCAUGGGCUGCACCAUGAUGCGCAAGUGUCACUUGAACACCUGUCCCGUGGGCAUUGCCACUCAGGACCCGGAGCUGCGCAAGAAGUUCACGGGCAAACCAGAGCAUGUUAUUAACUUCUUCUUCAUGCUGGCCGAAGAUAUUCGCAAAAUUAUGGCUGGACUGGGCAUUCGAAAGUUCCAGGACCUGAUUGGCCGCACCGAUCUAUUGCGCAUGGCCAGUCAACGCGAUGCCAAGGCUAGUAACCUGGACCUCAAGUUGCUCCUGCAGCCAGCUUUGGAAAUGCGUCCUGGCACGAACAUCGUUGGAGGUUCCGUAAGGCAGGACUUCCAGCUGGAGAAGCGUUCCGACAACGAACUAAUUGCCAAGGCUCAGCAAAUAUUCAGUGGAGCAGACGAUAAUGUAACCGUCAAGAUGCGCAUCCAUAAUGAGGAGCGAGCCUUUGGUUCUACUCUGAGCUACCAUAUUGCCUGCAAAUAUGGAGAGGCUGGCUUGCCCGCUGGCAAGAGCAUCGAUAUCUUCCUAGAGGGAUCCGCCGGUCAGAGUUUCUGCGCUUUCCUGGCGCGUGGUGUUAAUGUGACAUUGAAGGGUGAUGCCAACGACUAUGUGGGCAAGGGUCUAUGCGGCGGCAAUGUUGUCAUCACUCCACAGGAUACGGUUCCCUUCGAAUCACAUCUGAAUGUGAUCGUGGGCAACGUUUGCUUGUAUGGAGCCACCGAGGGAACCGCUUAUUUCCGCGGUAUUGCUUCCGAGCGCUUCUGCGUACGCAAUUCGGGUGUAACAGCCGUGGUGGAAGGUGUGGGCGAUCACGGAUGUGAAUACAUGACCGGUGGUGUGGUGGUUAUCCUCGGCCUCACGGGAAGAAACUUCGCCGCUGGCAUGUCCGGUGGUAUUGCCUAUGUGUACGAUUUAGAUGGAUCGUUUAAGCCCAAGGUGAAUCCGGAAAGUGUGGAACUCCUGCCGUUGGAAAAUGAGAAGGAUGUGUUGCUGGUCAAGGAACUCCUGGCUGAUUUCAUUGAUAAGACAGGCUCGAAGGUGGCCAAGGAGUUGCUGGAUAACUGGGCCGAAGCACAGGGCAAGUUCGUCAAGGUCUUCCCGUAUGAAUACCAAAAGGCUCUUAAGGACAUGGCCGAACAGGAGGCAGUGGAGCAGCCACUGAAGUCCGCCAUCGAGAAUGGUAAUGGAAAGCAUGAACCGCACAUCAAGGACAUCGAGGAGGCCAUUCAGGAUGUGGCGCUCGAGCAGAAGCGUGCCGACCGCGUGCUAGAUAAGACACGUGGCUUUGUCAAGUACAAGAGGGAAUCCGCUCCCUACCGAGAUGCUGGAGAGCGACAGAAGGAUUGGGAUGAAGUCUACAACUUCCCACAUGUGCGCAAGAACCUCAAGGUUCAAGCAGCUCGCUGCAUGGAAUGCGGUGUGCCCUUCUGUCAGUCCAACUCCACAGGCUGCCCACUCGGUAACAUCAUUCCCAAGUGGAACGACCUCGUUUUCCACGGCGAGUGGCAGGAGGCUCUGCGUCAACUGCUGCAGACCAACAACUUCCCAGAGUUCACUGGUCGAGUUUGCCCCGCUCCCUGCGAGGGAUCCUGCGUUCUGGGCAUCUCCGAACCAGCUGUAACGAUCAAGAACAUCGAAUGCGCCAUCAUCGAUCAUGCCUUCGAGCAGGGCUGGAUUAAGCCAGAGAUCCCAGAAGUGCGCACUGGCAAACGGGUGGCGAUUGUGGGAUCAGGACCUUCCGGUUUGGCUGCCUCACAGCAGCUGAACCGCGCCGGUCACUUUGUCACCGUCUUUGAGCGCAACGAUCGCGUUGGUGGACUUUUGCAGUAUGGUAUUCCCACGAUGAAGCUUUCUAAGGAGGUGGUCAAGCGGCGGGUAGAUCUCAUGGCUGACGAGGGUAUCGAGUUCCGCACCAAUGUCCAUGUGGGCAAGGACCUCAAGGCCGAGCAACUACUGCAGGAGUACGAUGCCGUCCUCUUGACCACUGGCUCCACUUGGCCUCGUGACUUGCCGCUAGCCAACCGUGACCUGAAGGGCAUUCACUUUGCCAUGGAGUUCCUGGAGGCGCAGCAGAAGAAGCAGCUGGGCGGCAAGAAUGACAUAAUCUCUGCCGCUGGCAAGAAUGUGAUCAUCAUCGGCGGUGGCGAUACCGGAUGCGAUUGCAUUGCCACGUCGUUGCGUCAAGGCGCUAAGAGCAUCACUACAUUCGAGAUCCUUCCGGAACCUCCACAGAAGCGUGCUGAGGACAACCCCUGGCCCCAGUGGCCGAAGGUCUUCCGCGUGGACUACGGACACGAGGAGGUGAAGCUCAAGUGGGGCAAGGAUCCGCGUCAGUACUGCACCACCACCAAGGAGUUUGUGGGUGAGAAUGGGGCCAUUAAGGGCGUGAACACCGUCGAGGUGGAGUGGACCAAGACGGAAACGGGCCAGUGGCGCAUGCAGGAGGUGGCCGGAUCGGAGAAGUACUUCCCCGCAGACCUUAUCCUCCUGGCCAUGGGCUUCCUGGGGCCGGAGAAGACGGUGCCGAGCGAACUGGGCCUGGAGCUAGACCCGCGCGGCAACAUCAAGGCAUCCAGCGGACAGUAUGGUACCUCUAACUCCAAGGUCUUUGCGGCAGGAGAUUGCCGGCGAGGCCAGUCGCUGGUCGUCUGGGCCAUUACCGAGGGUCGUCAGGCCGCACGCCAAGUGGAUUCCUAUCUGACCGGCCGUCCAAGCGGGCUUCCAGGACCUGGUGGCGUCAUCGGGACAUCGUAAGGAGGAUCUGCAGAGGCAGCCAGAGCAGCUAAUAUCAAGUUUUGUGUGCGUGCAUCGUCCUUAGCCUAUAGAGCGAAAUUCUUUACCGAUUUGUGAUUUUUAUUUUCGCGACUUUAGUUUAAACUAAACUAAACACUAAAAAGACUUGAGUUUUUUACACACCAAACCAAAACGAAACACGGUUCAUUUAGUUUUAUUUUCAUCGCAAAGCUGGCUGGGAAUUGUUAGUGGUUCGUCGAGAUGCCCUCCAUGGGUGAUGAUAUGCUGCGGCAGGAGUCAAUUAAGAGUGCAAACUGAAAUGCUGAUUGAAGCCAAUCGAAUACUUAUAUAUCUUAAAGGAAAUCGAAUAUCCAACAAAAAAUCUAAGGACAAUAACUAGAAACUUACCGUUAUCGUUAAACAAAAAAUUAAUUGAACAUUAAAUAUUUAGAAAUGCAUUUUUUCAAUGUUGUUUAACUUGUGUUGCCUGUUCUACGCAAAAGAAAUAUAUGAAAUGAAAAUUGAUAUGCUGAUCUCCACCCUCCUAUAUACAAUCCAUAAAUCGUAUAUGCAGAAAGAAAUAUUAAACAGAGAUAGAGUAUUAAACUCGGCCAAUAUCCAGACGCAUUUUUUUAGAUGUUGUUUGUGUGUUUUGAACUGCAUUCGAUCGUUGACCGCAAAAGUACCUAAGUGGCUAUUGUUAAAACAAAUGUGCUCUUUGGCAGCUAUAUGUAUGAAUACAGAGAAAUACACAAUUUAUACAAAACAUA